AUGGAAUUCCCUACUGUUGAGCACUUGAGGGAAGCAUUGAAGGAGCAUUUCAUCAGCAUUGACAGGCAGUACAAGUAUAUUCACAAUGACAGGUUAAGAAUUAGAAUUGUAUGCCAAGGAGAAGGCUGCAAAUGGUUAAUGUAUGCUCGAAGGAUGAGAGCUGAUUGCACUACAAUGAGAAUCAACAAAUUUGAGGAAGAACAUAACUGUGGAAUUUUAUGGGAGAACAGGCUGGUAGAUGCUAAUUGGAUUGCAAAAGAGUUCUUGGAGAAGUUCAGAGCAAAUCCAGCCAUGUCUUUUGGUGAUUUCAAGAAAGCAAAUCCUGAGGGUAAGUACUCCAAACUUUCCUCCUGGACUUUUUAUCGAGCUAAGAACAAAGCAAUGGCCAAGAUACAUGGAACCGUUAAAGAUCAAUAUGCUAUUCUGCAUGAUUAUUGUGCUAUAUUAGUGAAACUGAAUCCUGGUAGCACAGCUUUCAUCAGAACAAGCUUAGUGGAUGAUGUAAGGUAUUUUGAGAGGGUUUACAUAUGCCUUGCAGCAUGUAAAGCUGGUUUCAAGUUCUGUAGGCCCAUCAUCGGGUUAGAUGGUUGCUUUUUGAAAGGGUAUUGUAGGGGUAUGUUGCUUGUAGCCAUUGGUAUAGAUGCAAACAACAGCAUGUUUCCUCUUGCAUAUGCUGUUGUUGAGAAGGAAAACACUGAUAGUUGGACUUGGUUUGUGCAACUACUGAAAGAGGACCUGGAUGUACAAGACACAAAAUUGUUCACAUUCAUUUCAGACAGGCAGAAGGGGCUGCAUCUUUAUGCCAACUUCAAGAAGGAGUUCCCUGGAUUGUUGUUGAAGCAACAAUUAUGGGCUUGUGCUAGAGCUACAACAGUGGAAGAAUUCAAAAGGAGAAUGGAUGAACUGAAGGAGACUAAUGCAGCAGCUUUUGAAUGGUUGUCCAAAAAGUCACCAUCUGAAUGGACCAAGUCCCACUUUAGGACUUUCAGUAAGUGUGAUAUGUUGCUAAAUAAUCUCUGUGAGAGUUUCAACUCAGCCAUACUAGAUGGAAGAGACAAGGCAAUCAUAACUCUGUUAGAGUAUGUAAGAUACUGGCUGAUGGAUAGAAUGAGAAAGCAAAGAGAAAGUGUUAGUAAGUGGACAAAACCAGUUGGGAAGAGAAUCUUUGAUAUCCUGCAGAAGAAUAGGAAGUUAGCAAUGAAAUGUCAGUGUACAAAAUCUGUUGGAGGCUUGUUCCAAGUGACAGUGUCUGCGGCAGUGGAAGCAACAAAUUUGGAGACCAAAACAUGCUCUUGCAGAACUUAUGACCUCACAGUGAGUAUGAUUUUCUUGCUGAAUGUUACAAGAAAGAAGCCUUCUUAG